AUGGCGAGAUUAAUGACACUAAUUUUUGUUGUAAGCUCGGCAAUUCUGUGGUAUUUCCUGUUUUAUGGUGGUGGAAUUGGCCGCCUAUUAGGUUCCCGCAACAGUCCAGGAGGUGUGGGCAGCAGCAGCGGCAGCAGUUUUGGUGUUGAGGCCACAAAUGGACAUGGUAGCCCGCUCGAGGGUCGGGAUUAUCAUCACAGUGAACGUGGCGGACAUAUAAAACGAGAUUUAAAUCACUGCUGGCGUCGCUACGAUGGCUAUAAUCUCCAAAAUACCAUUGUCAAUAAAAAGGAACAACUGAAAAAGCCCUAUGGCAUUCUGUGCAACUUCAAGUGUACUUGGUUUUUUACAAUAAGUUUCCCCACGUGUGAAUUUAUCUACGAUUAUAAAUUGUCAUGCUACUUAUUCACCUCACUGCCGGAUUGUACAACUGUCAAAUGUACGCUGCUCAAUUAUUUUACAUAAAAAUAAUUCCAAACAAAAAAAAAACA